UGUCUCCGCCCUGUUGGCAGUCCCGCCUCACUUGGCUCCGCCUCCAGCAGGGCUGGUCCCUCCCCCGGUGCUCGGCCAGUGUGUUCGGGCUGUAGUCGAGGUGACGGGAAGAUGGAGCGGCCGCUGCUGUCCGAUAGCCUGGCCAAGGUCACCUUUGACGAUGCCGCCGUUUAUUUCUCCGAAGAGCAGUGGCAGAACCUCGAGGAAUUCCAGAAGAAAAUAUACAAGGAGCUCAUAAAGGAAAUCUAUGAGACCAUGCUGGCUCUGGGGUAUCGCAUCCCCAAACCAGAGAUUGUGUGUCGGAUUGAGAGAGGAGAGGAACCCUGCAUUGAUAUGUGCAAAAAGCCGAAGCUCCAAGGAUCGCCGCCGGAGGGCACGCCCGCUGCUAGUAAAGACCCAGAGCCGGUGAUAAAGGUGGAGCGGGAGUCUCCAGAAGCUUCAAUCCCAUUCCAACCGGGCGAGAUCUCCUCCUCCCAGGAACGCAAUGGCGCCCGGUGUCCACGCUGCGGGAUGUAUUGUAACAACCAGUGUGGAGUGGGCUACCAGUGGAAUACCCAGGGCAUGUAUACUGUAUCCCCUAUGGACAGGAAUCACGGGACGCAAUAUGUCACCCCUCCACCACCCUACUUCAAUGGAAACCCAAUAUCUCCAGGAUUUGCCAACAACAGAGUGGAAGGAAUGUCGCACAGCACCUCGCCGAGGUCCGGCUACGGGAACGCGGGGAUGGUCCCACUGUCUCCGCACUAUGCUGGUUAUAGGAGUACUGGGGAUCACGGCUCGCAGUUCCCGGUGCCCGAUAGGUCUGGAAAUACAAUGUUUGCCAACUUCGAUCUUAACCAGCAAACGCAGAUGGGCCCACCGGGAAACUAUGGAGCUCCAGAUCAUCAGAAUAGGUGCAGGAAAGAACAGUACCCCCAUGGCCAAGAAGCCUCGUUCCAGGACAGGAGGAAUACAGUGGCCCCUUGCCCCAACUGCGGAGCGUUCUGCAAUAACCAGUGCGGGAUGAGCUUUCAGUGGGAGCAGAGGAGGCUGCACCAUCCGGUUCCUGGGGUGGCCGAUGGAGGCCAGGGAAACCGUUACGCAUCUCCUCCAAACCCCUACUUCAGCGGUGUCGCAAACUCCACAUUUCCAAAUGUGCGGCCUCCCGUCCGUCAUGGAACCUCCCCGGUUAAUGUUCAGGGGAACCCUGCAAUGAUUCAGUUGUCCCCACAAUAUGCCGGAUACCGGAGGCCUGGAGAUCCAAAGUCGCCCAACGUUAUGCCCGGCAAACUGGAACAUUCAGCAGCGAGUGCGGCCCACGGGAACAGCGCCCCAGCUUCUUCUCCCCACGGACCAAACACUUACGGAGCCAGUCCUGCCAACAGCGGCGGGUAUCACAGGAAGACUCAGUCUAUGUCUCCGCUGGCCGCCAUCGAAACAAUGCCAAUGUUUGCCACCAAUAACAGCCCGAACAAUGUUGUAGAACAGAGAAACCGGCUCUCGGCCCAAACUGUGACUAGCAGUGAUGGUAAUAAAGACAGGGGGGGCGCUGUGCCGCGCAAUACCAUCCGACGACCAGACAACGUUCAUUUCUCUGCUCAGGGUAACAGAGUUAAUAGAGUCUCGCAGCCAGUUUCACCAGCAGCUGGUAGCACAGGGCAGCCGAGAACAGGUGAGGUGUCCGGUAACAAGACCUCCUCCCCAUCAGUCAAUGCUUGUCCCACUGCCAGGAACACACAACCCUCUUCUUCCUCAGUCGUCAGCCAGGAGGUUGGGCGGAUGGGAGCAAGCGAAGGUCACGGACUUAAACGGCCAGCCCCCCAGGCGGCAUCUGACAGUGGUCUUCCUACUAAAAGAGCCAGCCCCCCAAUAAUCAUUGUUGACUCGCUAGUAGGAAAGCGCACCUUAACCCCGUCAAGUGGUGUGAGUAGCCAGGGUUCAGUUUGUGUCACACCUCCCACCUCCAAAGGGGGGAGUGUUCCUUCAGCUCCAGCCGCAUCCCAUGGCAACCAGGAUCUGAAGAAAACCACACCCCCUGAAACCAAAGAUGGUAGACGCCCCACCCCUCCAAUCACCAUCAGCAACAUCCGGAGUGCUGGAAUUUUUGUGCCUCCUUCGGCCAGACAUAAAAAAGAAGUGAACAAUGCCAAUUCCCAAAUAAUUAUUAUUGACGAUAAAGAUGGUGACACACCCGUGCCUCGCAGCUCCCCAGCCAACGCUUCAAAUCAUGAGGUUAGAAGUUCCACCUCGGGGACUCCCCCAGUAACCAGCUCCAAGAGCAGCGGAGAUCCACCCCAGUCUACCGUCACGAAGAUCUCACCUCAAGGAGUUCAACCGGCAGCCCCAGUUGUAGUUAAUAAAGUUCAGGUGCAACAGCCCUCCCCAAUCAUUGUUACUGGAGGUACUGGUCUCGCCAAUCAGUCCUUGCCUGUGAAUGGCAAUCAGAGUAUCAUGUGGACGUUUCCGGUAACCGUCGGCAGUUCAGGAAUUAUGCUGGCAACUCCUGUCAAUAUGAAGCAGCCCAACCGGCUGCCAAUAAGCAAGAACCCUAGGUUCGUACAACCGAACCCCGUUCCACUUAACGCCACAUCCGGGAAUGUCAACGCCAAAUUCAGCUCUAUGGCCGUGACCAACGUAAUUGGUCAAACUAAUCCACUCCCCAUGUCUGUGCCGCCUGGACAGGCAAAACCCAUUACGGUCAACGUCAACCAGACCGGGAAUAUGGGCGGUUCUCUAAACAUAAGGAACUCCAAUGUUCAAAAGGUUAACAGCGGGACCCUAAAAGCUGUACCGGUGACCACUGCCGGGAACCAGCCAGUGGCGCAGACGUUUCCUCUCUUUGUAGAUGCUAAUUCCGGUCUUAUUCUCACUGGUUCUGCCGUCCCCUCCAAGGAUAACGUCUCCUCCGGCAUUGGUAAUGCCACUGUGGUCACCGUUAAUGGGGGUGUAGUCACGGGAAAUGUCGGACCCGUUUCUUUAGGUGGAAAACUGUCCUUUAGGAACAUCACCCCUGUUAAUGUAAAUAAAAUCGGAAGCACCACAUUUUUUACAGUUGACCGAGCGAUGGGCAUAGGGAACGGUUCUCCGGUCACGCUCACAAACAAUGCCGCUAAUUUCAAUAAUAAAGGGACACUAAGCAUAAACAAUCCUACCAUCCUCACCUUAAAUGGCGGCUUGCCCAUCGGCAGUCAGGGGCCUGUCGGUGCGCCUAUAGCCAAAAUCGCUUCUGUUAACACUAAUGGCACUUUGCAGGUGGCCCCAAGCUCCGCUCCCGCUGUUGUAGGUGGCGCAGGUCAGCAGAAUAACGGGAUGAUUAUAAGGAGAGUCGGAGAUCCCAGCGCGGUAACCCAGCAGCCCAGCGCUGAGCAGGCACCGGUUUUAGUGGAGCGACUGUUUAAUUGCAGCGAAUGCGGGGAAAAGUUUAACUCCCUCGAGAACUUGGCUUCCCAUCAGUCUGUCCACAAGCAGCCAGGCGCCACGCCAGACGGAAAGGCCGGCCAGCCCAACGCCAAAGGCGCAUGUGAAAACGAAGGUCUUCCAGGAGCUGUAGAUGAGGACGCUCCCACCAUCCUGUACACCACGCAAGGGGACGAUGGGAGCACGGUGUACGUGGUUACGGUGUAGACUCUACAGCCUAAAGACAUUAGAAUUCAUACUAUUCGUUUUUGUAGUGUUAUAUUAUUUUUAGUUACUUUGUUGUGUUUUUUAAACUUUCUAUAUGUGUAAAAGUUUCUUUGUUUUAAGCGAAAAGAGAUGUUGUUAGAAAGUCGGAUUUGUAGUGUACUGUCUCGCGGUUACCUCCAUGAGCGUAGUCUAGAAGUAUAUUGUAUGUUCCAUAUCGUGGACACGGACGUUAUAGUCUUGGAUUUAGGUGAUCUGGCUGCUGUUGGCGGAUUCACCGGAAAGGGAAAACUUAGAUGUAGCCUAGAAAACAUGUAAAAAAUGUAAAUAAUUCGGUAUAGAUUCACUUCCAAGACACUUUGUAUUAAUAGCACGUUAAGGAUGUCUAAUCUGCUAUAACCCAGGACAGUUUGCUAAUUGUAAGUGUAAUGCUUUAGGUUAGGAUUCCGCAACUCGUGGCUCUCUGCCUGGGGUGGAACUGGAAGUCCAUCACACACUGCUGACUCCACUCUGUUCCUAUGGCAUGACACCUGAAAGAUCCAUUCCAGAAGUAAUCCCUAUGCAUUAUCAGGCUUUCGUAGAGGGAACUGCAUACCCACAUCAAUCUGUUUGCAUGAUCAGUGUUGCGGGCCUUGCCCUGGGGCGAUAGCCGUGAUGAAGUAGGGUUGGCUCUACCAACUGCACUUUAUUUAUAAUGAAACAAUUGCGCAGGAAGGUUUCUACACAAAAGGGCAGUUGUGUGUUUUUUUCCCUGUCUGCGUAACACGUAGCCCAUUUUCCUGUAAUGUUAUGCUAAUUGUGACUUUCCCGCAUGAACCUUAUUCAGAAUGCUUUGUAAAUACUUCAAGUAUCACGAAGACCAGAAUCUGGUAUCUGUAGUUCCACUGCGGUGAGAGAGCUAGCGGUGGCGUAAUUGAAUGGUUGCAGUGGCUGGCAUUGCCUGUUGAGCCUCAUUUUGUUUACCUCCACAUAGUAUAGAUAAAAGGUUGCGAUGAGAGCCACGGGAGUCUUAUCACUGCAUUAUACUGUGUGAUUUAGUGUUAGCAUUACCACGGCCGUCGGAACUUUAUAAAUGGGUCUCUUAUUAAAGGCCAGUUUGUACCAUAUAUCAUUGCCCUGAUAUUUACCGGUUUCAGAAAACCUCCCUGAAGAUCCGCCUCCUGCUGUCUCAGUAUAUAGUAUAUACAGUAGUCUAUGCUGUUAUUGCAGAUAGCGGUGCUGUAGGGGACACGCGUGCAUAGUGACAAUGUCCAGAAUAAACGUUGCAGCCUCGUUCAUAAGACCUACGUCUGCCUGCAAACGGCGAAAUGUGUUGAACAUGGAGAAAAGUUAUUUUUACAUUGCACUUUUUACUCUUAGUUCAUUUUCACUACAUGGAUCUGCGUAUCCUCUAUGCAACGUCGUUAGUUCUGCGACUGUUUCAGAGAUUGCCCCCGACACAUUUAUUCAGGGAUGCGUUUAUUGACCGACCUGCUGGAGGCGACCGUCCGGCUCCUCGCUGUAAUGCGUCUGUGCUGCGGCCAAGGAGUUGGCCGGGCCUCUCUCGCCUCCUGCCCGCUGUCUAACCCCCAUGGCGUCUGAUCGCACGGUUGUCUCUCCAUACUUAUUGCUGCCAAUGUUUGAAUAUAUUUUCUAUCAGUGUUUUACCGGCCCGGCGUACAGUUAUUUACUAGACCUGUCACUUCUACCUCAACACGUGGUCCUGGGGUACACAACGUACAUUUCAAUUUUUCACAUAACUUUGUACUCAAUAAAUAUUUUAAAGCGCUA